AUGUCCAAUGCCCAAGACAAGAACCAGCCUGAAGCCCUUGAUGUUGAAGAAAAGGGACAUUCUGAUCACCUUGAGAAGCAUGACACUCAUAUCUUCUCGGCGGUUGAUGAAACCGGUACACACAAGAAAAUCGAUCCCGCUGAAAUCAAGCUGGUGAAGAAGCUGGAUUGGAUUAUUCUUCCGAUUCUGUGGAUCAUGUACUGGUUCAACUACCUCGAUCGCAAUGCCAUUACCGUUGCGCGUCUGGAUGGCUUGGAGAAGGAGCUUAACCUGACUUCUACGGAGUAUCAAACAUGUGUUUCCAUCCUAAUCCGACCUUCCCUCUACAUGUCCGGCGCUAUGGCUCUCUGGGCUGUUGUGAGCACUCUCACCGCAAUCUGCCAUGACUUCAAAGGCCUCGUCCUUACGCGAUUCUUCCUCGGCGUCACCGAAGCCCCUUUCUACCCAGGCGCUCUAUACGUCCUCUCGAUCUUCUAUACCAAGAAAGAGAUAGCAACUCGUAUCUCCAUCUUAUUCACAGCCAACAUCUGCGGAACUGCAUUUGCAGGACUUAUCGCAAUUGGCGUGUUUGAGAUGAGCGGCGUUGCAGGUCUAGCCGGAUGGAGAUGGCUCUUCAUUCUCCAGGGCAUCAUCACUUUUGUUAUCUCCCUCGCUUCAGCCUUUGUCUUGCCAGAUGAGCCCAGCAACACCCGUUGGCUCACAGAAGAAGAGAGGAUAUUGGCCCACGAGCGAAUUGCCGCAGAUACUGUUCAGAUCCGAACCAACACGACGACUUUUGCUGGACUGAUUGAUGCCUGUAAGGACCCUCGUCUUUGGGUCCUCGUCUUCAUGCAACACUUCCACAUGGCUGCCAGCAACUUCAAGAACUUCUUCCCCACUAUCGUUGGAACACUUGGCUUUGAUCGCAAUACGACACUCGCUCUGACCUGUCCCCCAUACAUCGUGUCAGGUAUCGUCUGCAUCGCAUGGGCCGCAAACUCUGGCCGGAUGAACGAAAGAACGUGGCACAUUACCCUCGCGAAAGUCAUGGCUGUAUUUGGCUUCAUCUUAGCUUGUACCGUUCACAAUACUGGCGCCCGAUACUUCGCAAUGUGCGUCUUUGCCAGCGGUGUCUACGCCUGUAACAGUGUUAUCCUCGGUUGGGUCGCCAGCACAUGCGGUCAGACCCGAGAGAAGAAAGCUAUAUCUCUCGCUCUAGCAAACACGGUUGCCACGCUUGGGCCUAUUUACACUCCGUAUCUCUGGCCGAGUUCAGAUGAGCCUAUGUACCCUGUUGCCAUGUCCAGCAGUGCCGCCUUUUCCGCUGCAUCGGCUGUCUUGGCCUGGGUUCUAAGAUGGAUGCUCAUUCGCGAGAAUCGCAAGAUUCGGGCUUCGAACAACGAGGAGAGACUAUUUUACGCAUAUUAA